AUGCUUACAGUAAACAUAAGGAGGAAAUGCCCAAAAGGAGAGAAAGAUGACCACACGCCUAAAAGAUGUAAGUGUUCUCAUCAUUUCAAGGCAUCAUUGAGAGAGUUAUACAUCAAAGAACAUCUACAUUAUAAAGAAUGUCAUCAUAAUAGCAAUAACAUAAGGAUCACUAAUCUAACAUAUGGUGGACAAGAUCUUACUAUUACAGAUGGAGGAUCUAGCCUUACUAAGGAACGCAGGAUAAAUGACUUAUCCGUAUACUAUAGCUCAACUUAUGACAAUGGUGAUAAUGAUACCAUAGACAAACCCCUUAUACUAAGACUUAAGGAACACAAUGGAGGAACAUUCUGGUAUGAAAAUACCGGAGAUGGCAUAAAAUGGAAGAAGAUUGGGAAUACUGAUAAAUUUCCUAAAACAUACAACCAGUCUACUGAGGACUUUAUUAAGAAGCUCAAUAAGCUCACUUGUCGACUCCAUGAUCUCCAUGUUGUCGAUAUUAAGAAGAUAGAGACAUACAAAUGUGCAUGCAAUGAGACCAAAGUUACCCCAAUCACGAGGGAAGAUGGAGGUGAGGUACCUCCUGGAUAUAAUAAAUACAAGCACCAAUAUGGGAGUGGUAAAAGGUCAAUUAGGUAUGGUGAGGUUACCAUUAAAGAUGAAGAUGGUGGACCUCUUCCACUUGACGCUGAGGAAAAAACUUCCGAUCUCUCUGUCUACUACUGGGAAAAGGAUACUAAACGUACGAAACCUCUUAUUAUUGAAGUGAAUAUUGAAGGUAUAAAAGUUCAUUAUGGUAAUAAAGGAGAGAAAGACAACAAGAAAUGGGAAGAAAUAAAACCUAAGGGGGAUGAGGAUGAUGGUUUGCCAACACUUUCUAUGGAUGAACUUGAGAAAAAACUUAGAGAGCUCACCUGUGAGCUUUUCAAAUCAGAAGACAUAAGUCUCUCUCCGACUGGAGUAUCUUAUCUCAACCAAUAUUGUAAAAAGGAAUGGUGUAAGAAUGGUCUAAAACUUCAAUGCCGAAAUGAAAAUGAAGGGAAGGAACGAUGUGAGGCUCAGCAACAGCAACAACAAAGUCAACCUCCCCCUCCACCGCUUCUUCCUGUUAAAGCUCCUGUCCAAGAACCUAAAGAUCAAGAAACUGAAAAACCUAAACCACUUGAAGCUGCUGUUGCUGUUCGAACUCUUGACCCGGCACAUCUUGGACAGAAUGGAGUUCAACGUGAGGAGGUCCCAGCAGCAGACUUAUCUGACCAAGUUCCUGAUACAGAGUCUGAGACUAAGAUUCUAGGUAAUACUGUGGCUCAAAUGGCUGAAGAUGCUAUAGAUGGUGAAAGACUAAAACUACCUCCCGAACCUACUGUUCCUGAUCCUACUUAUACGGAUCGUGCUAAACUUUCUGAAAGACAAGUUGCUAUUUCUAAACCCAUGGAUGUUCCUUCUGGAAGGAGACUAGAUAAGUUAUCUGGGUCAGGAGGGGAAUCCCGGAUGAACAGCAUUUAUGGAGGAUAUUCUGGUUUUCCUUCUACUACUUAUGGUGGAGAUGUUAUUUAUGAGAUUUAUAAUAGAGAAAAAUAUGGAGAUACUUAUCCAUAUUUGCUACUCGAUGAAAGUUUUUCCGGUGACACGAUAUUAAUGCCAAAAGAUGUGGUUUUAUAUACUCUACCUCCUAGUGAAGAUGUUCCAGAACCCACUCCUGCAACUACUCAAAAUGCUAAAUUUGCUGUUACUAUAGAUGUAUCUGAUCCUAACAUUGAUACUGUCUCUACUGGUGCAGCUCUACGAGAGACUGAUACUGAUAAAGCUGGACCUGGUGGAGGGUGUAAGGGAGCUCCUAUUGAUCAAUGGAUCAAAGACCCUAUUAAUCCCAACGCUAUGUUCAAAUGUGAUGAUAAUGAAGGAGUUAUUCGUAUUCUAGGUGCUUCUUCUGGUGAAGACCAAGCUGGUCCUGAACCUGCUAGGCCUAAACUUACUGUUGAUGGUGUUGUUAGUACUAAAGAAAGUGGAGGCCCUGGUGGAAAAGUUCCUGUUCAAAAAACUGAUCGAACACGAGUUACUUCUACUACUGGAUCUUCUAUAGCUUUUCCUAAACCACAUACUCUUUCAUCUAACCAAACUUCUGGUACUGGUACUGAUGGUCAAGAUGAAUCUAGAAGAGACUCUAAGGGAGGUGGACCACUUCCUUUCGUUCCAGGACCUAAACCUGAAACUUCCGUUACUAUAUCUGGCUCUACAUCUUCUGAUACUCAACAACGUACUAGCACAUCUAGUAAAGUUUCUUCUACUGAAGGUGGUGGAGGACUAGACUCUAAUAACAGUCCAUCUGGUGGAGAAUCUCCUACUACUUCUCCUCAAGAAGGUCAAACUGCUGCUCUUGCUGUCGAAUCUGUUGGCAUUACUGCUAUUCUCACCGGAUUAGGCUCUACCUCUGGUACUCUUACAGGAGCUGGUGGUCUUACCGGACUCGGUUGGUGGGCAUUUAAACGUUCUAAAGGAGAUCCUUGGGUUAGACAGAUUUAG